AUGGAAGGCAAAUGCAAACUCUUGCUGAGGCCAAUGGCACAGCAUCAAGAGCUGAACUUUAGCCACCUACCUCUGGAUAUUAGUUUAGGACAUCUGAAGAAAGAAGUAGAAAACAGCAAAAUGAAGAUAAACUUGCUUGCCAAAAGGUGUUCAAUUAAUUACUUAACACUGGGAGCCAAACGAAUCCUGGUGCUCUGCAACAAGCUUCUCUGUGCGUUUCUGGGGAGGGUCCUGGCACAAGUGCUGCCACGUACGUUCAUUUUCUGAAAGCUCUCCAAAUCAGCAGCUAAAAGAAAACGUUAGGAGAGAAGGAGCUUUGAAAGUGCAAACAAUAGCCGGUUUAACUUUCCUAACUGUCACAAUAUACCUAACAAUACUGGGGAUACAGUGAGUCUCAAAAUGGACAAGUUGGGAAAGGGUUCUGGAUUCAGGAGAAAUAACUUGGUUAGGUCUUGGCAACCAGCAACCACACCUCUGGGACAACCAGCCUCAGCUCCAUCUGCGUCUCUUGGCAGCAGCCAACCCAGAAGACCUGUUGCUGCACAGCCGGCUACUCGGGCCUGGGCAGAUGAGCAGGCAGCACUGCAGCAGGACCAGGUUCAACAGGAUAAGAUCUGGAGAGAGUCUGUAGAGGCUGAACAGAGAGGAAGAAAAAUCUGGUACCAGAACUGGAGUUUCCUAAAGGACUAUGACCAAAUGGGUAAGAAAAAGGAGCAGAAGCCACUGCCAAACUAUAUGCCUGUGUUCUCAAACAAAGUUCCCAACUCGACCAACCAGACUAUUGGCAGUCGAAUGAAUACUGAACUUGGCAGGGUUCUGGUAAACACAGAUUACUUCUUCAGCAGUGGAGCACGAAAAAGGAAACUUGAGGGUGAGCUCCAGCUUUCCUAG